AUGGGAUUUGGAAUGGCAUUUGGUAGGUACGGCGGUGACGGCAACCUGCUGAACCGGUUCGGCUCGCUGGACGAGCCGGCGCCGUCGUCGGUGCAGCACAGCGGCACCAGCUCGGGCAAGGGCGUGCACUCCUCCGCGAGCUCCAGCAUCGACAGCACGGGCAAGGUCACGUACCACGUGCAGGCCGGCAAGUUCUGAGGAGCGCCACGCCACACGAUACCACGUGACGCUACGCGCCUCCGGCAACGCGGAGAAGAGCUGAGGAGGAGGUCCGGCCGGGAGGGGCUGGGCACUGCUCUCUUCACGGCCUUGCAUCUUGGGUGGAUGCAUCUUUCCCAUAGAUUGAUGUGUGCAUUCGUCUAAGAACUCCGUUCGGUCUUGUGUGUCACUCCGUUAUUCUUUGGUCCUCAUUUUUUCUCUUUCUUCUCACAGUAUAAGUAAAUAAAUUCUCUAGUUAACAUUUCCUGUUUUUCGUUAUAUAAGACCCAAAAAUGUGAGGUUUGUAAUUGAUAGCUUUGAAUUAAAGUCUGAAAGACUGAGAUCUGAACAUGAUAAAAUUAAAGAUCAUUGAAAGCCGUUUUAAUUCAUGUUUUCAUGGAACCACACACGUGUGAAUAUUCGCAUGGCUCUAAAAAUUAUAUUUAGUUAUUGAUUAACGGAAAAAUUUCAGUCUCUCAGACGAGAAUGUGAAAACGAAACCGAAUUCGAAGAAGUCUUCAAUAGAAAAAAAAAUCGCUCGGUGACAUGCCACUGUAAAUAAUAGACAGUGAAGAUUGAGAAUCCUCUCCUGAUCCAUCAGCGACCCGCCUCUCUUCGUUUGCCGAAGUUGCUCGCUCGUCAGUGGCCCGUAGCCCAUUGUAAAUUUCGCUCUCGCGCCGCCACUUUCAAUUUCUGUCAGUGGUGGCGGCGGCGGCGGCCGUGUUCAGAG